AUGGCUGCAAUGCAUGCCAAACCAGCUCGAGAUGUUACCGGAUAUGGUGCCAAUCCUCCCAAAGUCAGUUGGCCAGGCAAUGCUGCAUUGGCUGUGAACUUCGUGAUCAACUAUGAGGAGGGAGGCGAAAAUUCCCCUAUCAAUGGAGAUACUCACACUGAAGUCUUCUUGUCAGAGACUCCUGGUGGAACUCCAAGACAAAUAAGAGAUCCAAACAUGGAAUCUCUAUACGAGUACGGAUCUCGUGCUGGUGUAUGGAGACUCAUGCGUCUCUUCAAGCAACGAAAUAUGAACUAUACUUGCUAUGCGGUCGGCAAAGCUGUUGAAAUGAAUCCUAGUGUUAUUGCUACCAUGCAUGCUGAUGGGAAUGAAAUCGCUAGUCACAAUUAUCGAUGGAUUGACUACAACGAAGUCGGAGAAAGAAGAACACGAGAACACGUAAAAAUGUCGAUAGAAGCAAUCAAAAACGCUUGUGGUGUUGCUCCUGUUGGAUUCUAUUGUGGUCGUGUAGGACCAAACACUCGAAGGGCUAUUUGGGACGAAUACAAGAAACUGGGAUUACCAUUAUUAUACGAUGCUGACUCCUACUCGGAUGAUCUACCUUAUUGGAUGGAAGUCGAUGGAGAGGGUUUGUUGAUUGUGCCAUAUACUCUGGAUCAGAAUGAUAUGAAAUUCGCUGUGCCACCAGGCUUCUCAUCCCCAGACGGCUUCUUCACAUACCUCAAAGACGCAUUCGAUCUACUCUUGGAAGAAGGUCGAAAUGGAUCUCCCAAAAUGAUGUCUAUUGGAUUACAUUGUCGUAUAGUUGGCAAACCAGGUCGUGCUGCGGCGUUAGCGAGAUUCAUGGAUUAUGUCAAAUCAAAACAAGAUGUAUGGGUUACUACUCGACGUGAUAUUGCCUUGCAUUGGAAGAAACAUCAUCCAUAUACUGGUGGUGCAGUAGCUAAAUUGUAA